AUGAAUGAAACUACAGACAAACUCAACAGUUCUCUCAUUCUUCCUUUCAGUAAGGACUAUGAGUUCUGUUCAAAUGGUGUUUAUUUCUAUUGUGGAAAGAUGGGUUCAGGUAAGACAUUUAACCUCAUUCGUCAUAUACUCAUAACAGAACGUUUAGGAAAUGACUCAUAUUAUGACCAAAUCAUUAUAUCAGCAACUUCAGACUCUAUGGACUCAACAGCGAAAACAUUUAUGUCAAAAGUUCAAGCCUCUGUCGUUAAAGUUCCAGACAGUGAACUCAUUGAAUUUCUUCAACGUUACAUUCGACGUAAGAGGAAAUAUUAUGCCAUCGUUGAAUUUAUACAGUCAGGAAUGCAAAAGACUUCUGAGGAGAUGGAAAGAAUUAUUGACAAACACCACUUACGUCAGUACUCAGGAGUUUACGAUAUGAAACGACUGACAAACUACAUUCUAUCAAAACUUUCAAAAUACCCAUUCAAAAAAUAUCCUUCAAACACUCUGCUCGUUUGCGACGACUUCGCUGGUAAAGGUUUAGUGUCAAAACCAGACUCACCAUUAG